UCCUGCAUCCACCGCGCCAUGUCUCAGGAAGGAGCCAACCUGCCGCAAGAAGUGGUGGGGAGCCAUGAUCAGGCCACCGCCCCCCACGGCAGCAUCCCUGCACCGGCUGAUUCCAACCCCAGCUCUGUCAGCAACCUGGCCAGCGCCGUCAACAACGGCGGGUCGUCUGAGUGUGCCAGCCCAGCGGUGCUCUCUGCCGGCGAGGACAACAACGCGGCGUCGUCCAAGACCGCCAGCCCGGCGGUGCUCUCUGCCGGCGAGGACAACAACGCGGCGUCGUCCAAGACCGCCAGCCCGGCGGUGCUCCAUGCUGCCGACGACAACAACGCGGCGUCCAAGAUCGCAGGCCCGGCGGUGCUCCUUGCCGGCGAGGAAAACAAGGCCAAGCUCAAGCUCGCGAGCCCGGCAUCGCUCCUUGCCGGCGAGGAGAAGGGCAACAACGCUGAUGAGUUCAAGCUCGCUAGCCCAAGGAUGCUCCAUGACUGCGACGACAACAAUGCCGGGUCCCAUGCUGGCGUGCGCAACUGCAACGCCGCCCAGUCCAAGCUCGCCAACCCGGCGGUUCUCCAUGCCGGCGAUGACAAGAAGGGCGGAUCCAAGAUCGCCGGCCCGGAAGUGCCCCACGCCAGUGUGACCAGCACCACCGGAUCCAAGCUCAACGGCCCGGCGGCGCUCCAUGCCGGCAAUGACAACGACAGCGGCGGAUCCAGGCUCCCAAACCCCGCAGUGCUCCAUGCCAGCAAAGACAUGGACAACAACGCCGGGCGGCCCAAGUUCGCCAGCCCGGUGUUGCUCCAUGCUGGCGAGGACAACAAAGCCAGGACCAAGCUCGCAAUCCAGGCGGGCGGUGGCGGUAACGCCGGAGCCGGAUCGUCCAGGCUCACCAGAUCGGCGGCGCUCCAUGCCGGGAAGGACAACGGCGCCGGAUCCAAGCCCGCCAUCCAGGUGGUGCCACGCCUCCAUGCCGGCGGCAAGGACAACAACGCUGGGUCGUUCAAGGCUGCCAGACCGUCGGCGGCCGACUCCGGCGAGAGCAACGCCAAGGAGGGAAAGAGCAACGUAGCUGGAGAACAACGUGCCCGUGAGGCCGGCGUGGGCUGUGGCGGCGGGAAGGGCAACGCCGCCGCGGUGGAGGAUGUGGACCACGACUUGCACAUCUUUACGGAGAGGGAGCGGAGGAAGAAGAUGAAGAACAUGUUCAGCACCCUACACGCGCUCCUCCCGCAGCUCCCCGACAAGGCUGACAAGGCCACCAUAGUCGGGGAGGCUGUAACCUACAUCAAGACUCUGGAAGGCACCGUCCAGAAGCUGGAGAAGCUGAAGCUGGAGCGCAAGCGCGCGCUGGCAGCGCAGCAGCAGCUGAUGGCUGGUGCCGGCAGCAACCGCGCGUCGUCCGCGCGCCAUCCCGCACCAGCGCCGUCGUCACCGUCGUCGUCGUCGAGGGAGGCGAACGUGGCGGACAUGGUCCACGGUUGGCAUGCGCAGCAGGCCGCCGCGAACAAGGCCCUGGCAGCGGAGGCCGGGGCGGGCGGCUCCUCCUCUGCCGCCGCCUCGCUGCCCCGUGGAGCGGUGCCCUUCCCCGCGCCCGCGGCGGGGUUCCAGACGUGGUCCGGGCAGAACGUCGUGGUGAGCGUGGCCAGCAACGAGGCGUACAUCAACCUGCACUCCCCGCGGCAGCCGGCGGGCACCCUGACCAAGGCGCUGUUCGUGCUGGAGAGGCACCGCAUCGACGUCGUCACGACGACCAUCUCCACCCAGGACGGCUUCCACAUGUACGGCAUCCAUGCACGCGUUAAUUCGGCUUCCGCUUCGGCUCGCUUUCCGGAGAAUCUGUGUGCUGAAGACAGGUUCAAGCUGGCGGUGUCGGAGAUGCUGCAGCUGAUCAACAUCUGAGCUAGGCCAACGCGCUCAUGCUCGCCAAUGCAUCUGAGCUAUGCUGCUGCCGUCGUCGUUUCGUGUUAAGUUUGGUCGUCGUCCAACUCUUUUAGUUUGUUUCUCUUGUUCGUGCCAAGUUUGGUCGUCGUCGGUUGAACUCUUUUAUGUCUCAAGACAGCUGGUUAGUGGUUCCUAGCGUAUGGUAAGUACUGUUUGAGGUUUAACCCGUCGUGGAUGUAGUUGUAUGAUCGGGUUUCAUGUGUGAGAGUUCUAACCAAUCACUAG